AUGCGGGAUACACUCAGCGACUUCUUCAUCUGCGCACCAUCAACAUCAAGGCCCAUAUUCUCAAUCAGCAGCCUCAAAAUGUUCUUUGCUAGAGUCUUCCUUCCUAUCGCCGCCAUCAUGGCAUCUAUUCUCGCUGCUCCAGUCCAGCCCAAGGCAGACCUCGAACCCAGGUUCAUCUACGCGAGCCCUUCCAUUGCCUCAUUCGGCGACGAGGGCCCGGUCGAAGAUGCCACGACAGACGCCUCGACUGCUUGUGUUGAAUGCUUCUGA